UCUCCUCAGAAGGAAGACUUUGCAAAGGACCAAUGACUCUGUGUCCUGCAUCCUUGCAUCUUUUCCUACUCGACAGCCAUGUCUCGUUCCCGCCAUGCAAAGCCUUCCAAACCAGUCAGGACAGAGCUACACAUAAACAAAAGCAGCCACAACAAGAAGAAGACGUUAAAGCAGGCUGUCAGACAUGGGGCAUUAGGGAAGGCAAUAAACCCUGGAAGACUCAAGCAAUUAAUUCAAGGAAGAGAUGGUAAGAAAGAAACAGAAGCUAAAACCCCCACACCAGCCAGAAGCCUUCUGACCAGAGCUGGGGCAGCCCGAAUGAAUCAGGAUAAAACCCAAGUCCUCUUUCAGAAUCCAGAGUCCUUAACUUGCAACGGGUUUACCAUGGCGCUCCGAAGGACCUCUCUUAGCAGGCGACUCUCCCAGUGCCCAGUAGUUACCCCCAAGCCUAAGAAAGUACCACCUUCGUCUAAGAAGCAGCAGUGUAGUCAGGAUACCCAGGAUGAGAGGGUGGUAACGCACUCAGAAAAUGAUUCAGUCCCCAGCCAAGACCCUAUCACGUCGUCCCCAGACACAGAGAACCUAACUGGUGAACAGAGCAUGUGUUCAGCUGAAGGUGAGAUCCAAGAGCUCCCCCAGUCUUGGCCUCAAAGGGCAGAAGAAGAUUCCCAAAGCUAUACUUCCACAUGUGGGAGCCCUGCAACAGAUGUCCUUUCUGGACCACCUGAAGGGACACACUGUGAAGGAUUAUUCCCACAUCAGUCAUCAGAUGAUGCUGGCAUUUCCCCUCAGGAGUGCCCGCCUUUGCCCCAAAGAUCAGCUCCCGAAGUCACCUCUCAGAAAAACAUCAAUAGUCAGUUUGGAGACUUGGAGUCACAAGUAGACUCUCUUAAGCUCUCAAAUCCUCUGAACCCCAUGGGAAGUGAACAUAGUUGCUUUCCCACCUCCAGUUUUAAGAUCCUCCCUGAAUUGGACCUUAAGAACUGCACGUCUCUUGAUGGGUCUGUCUAUCCCGCAGCUCUGGUAAAAUUCCUCUUGGCAGGCACACAGCCAGAUACGUUUGGUGCUAAACUCCAAGAAGAAACCCUCAGAACUAACCCAGAUCCAGGGGGCUGCUACCCAGAGCAAUUUCUGGACGCCACCUCGGUCCUAGGACAGGCUUUCAGUACUCUCUCUCCUCAGUGGGGAUUUCCUGGUGCUAACUUAGUUCCUGGUGAGGCCCUGGGCAAGGUCUCUGACUCACCGGAGGAUCUUGGUGCUAUUACUCUGCCAAACCAGCAAGAAACUAUGAAUGUGGAUGUGGGAGCUUCCCCGGACCUGCCUGUCUUCCUUCCUAAGCCUCCAAACACAGUUGCUACCUACAAUACUCCCGGGCCCCAGCCCCACAGCUUUGCCUCCUGUGGGUUUGAGGUCCAAGGUGCUAAACCUUUAACUUUGGACUCAGGACAUGCUCCCCAACGCCCACCAAACUCUGAGUUAAGUUCGAUACCUCCAGCAAUAGCUGCAAAUAGUCUCCGAGAUGAGCAGCAGUUUUGUGCGGGCCCUUUUCCGGCGAACACACGAGGGUUUGCAAUGGCCCCCGAGAAUGGACUCCAGCACGCGCCGGUGGAUCUUACCCAGCGCUCUCAGGCUGCGCCCAGCAACUUGGAAGGAGGGAUUUCUCAGGUCACCUUGACCAGCUCAGCUGAUGUCAAAGCCGCAGGGAUGCCUCUACCAGGGUCCCAGGCCAGUGCCGCCUCUUCUCUCUCACGGAAGUCGACUACGCCGCCAACUGGGGAGAAAAGGAAACGCAAGCCCUGCGGCGUCUGCGAGCCCUGCCAGCAGAAGACCAACUGUGGCGAGUGUACCUACUGCAAGAACAGAAAGAACAGCCACCAGAUCUGUAAGAAGAGGAAAUGUGAGGUGCUCAAAAAGAGGCCAGUCAGCACCUCACAGGUACAGGUUACAAAAGAAAACAAGAGGCCCCAGAGGGAAAAGAAGUCCAAAGUUUCCAAGGCUGCCUUUAACAUCAAACCAGUAAAUGGCCCCCAAUCAGAGUCCAUGGAAUACAGUCAAUGUGGUCAUGGGGAAGGAGAGCAGAAAUUGGAUUUGAUCACCCAUCCCCUUGAAAAUGUAGGGAAAAAUGCAGAAAACAUGACCGGCGUCGAGGUGGAGAAAUGGACGCCAAGCCAGAAAUCACACCUAGCAGGUCAAGUCAAGGGAGGCUUCGAUGCAAAUUUCACUGAGGUUGAAAAUUCCCCACCCCCCGAAGAUGUCAAGCAGCAAACCCAGCCGUCCCCAAUGUUUGCUCCGACCAUAAGAAACGGCAUGAAAAAUGUGCACUGUUUACCUACCGACACCAACCUGCCAGCCAAUCAAUUGGAUCUUGAAGAAAUUAGCAAGGUAUUGGGAAAUGAUUCCUCUAAAUUGCUGACUGACCCCCCAAACUGCAACGAUGCCAUGAACGCCGCCAUCACUUCCGCUGGGAGCUGUGAUCAUCUCAAGGGGACGAGUAACAUCUUGCUCUUCCAGAAGCCCGGCUUGACCUGCAGAUCUGGUGCAGACUCCGCCAUCUUUAAUAACCACCCUAAUACACACAGUGCUGGUAGUCAACUCCAAACCCCCGAGAAGUUACCUAGUAAAGAACCAAAAGAUAACUCUCCAGUUCAGCCAAGUCUUCUAUCGCUCAUGAAAGACAGGAGGUUAACACUGGAACAAGUCGUGGCCAUAGAAGCCCUUACUCAGCUCUCAGAAGCUCCAUCCGAGAAUUCCUCACCAUCGAAGUCAGAGAAGGAUGAAGAAACUGAUCAGAGAACGGCUAGUCUGCUUAACAGUUGCAAGGCCAUCCUCCAUUCUGUGAGAAAAGACCUCCAAGACCCAAACUUACAGGGGAAGUGUUUUCAGCACCAGGGCACUGUCAUCUUCAAUGGCCAGAACACAGCGUUCAAGUUGCCUGAUAGUUCAGCUACUAUCCAAGCACUUAUAAAGGCACAUGAACAGUCAAAUUCACUGACAGCUGAUAGGAAGUGCAUCGCUGGAGGCAAGCUUAACUUUGAGAGUUCUAAGAAUUCAUACCCAUUGCCAGUAGAAAGUCAUAAUCCAGAAAACUGCAGUCAGGCACUAAACAGCGAUCAAAAGUUGAAGUCCCAGCAUGAUCCACCGUGCCAGGACGCACCGUACAGUCAAAUCGAAGAAGAUGUCGCAGCACAAUUAACCCAGCUCGCGUCCGCAAUUAAUUGCAAUCACCUGAGCCCCGUAGUCGAGAAAGCUGGAAGUACACCAGGGAGCCUUGCCGCAAAGAAUGUACAUCAAAAGCAGAGUCAGGAGAAAGGCACGGUACAAAAGAAACCACCUUCAAGUAUACAAAAUAAACCUAGCGUACCACCAGCAAAGCCAAAGAAGAAGACCCGGAAAAAAGCAAAGCCGACCCCCAAAGCAGACAAGCGGAAAAAGGAGCCCCCAGUCCCCAGCUCUCAAGAAAAUGACCAGAAGAAGCAGGAGCAACUUGCAACUCAGUAUAGUAAAAUGUGUGACAUUUGGAUGUCGUCUAAAUUUCAAAGAUUUGGCCAGUCUGGUCCACAUGAUGUUCCUCUCCUGUUGGGAGCUAUUCCUACCAUUGAUCAAAUAUCAACACCGACGGCUCCUUACAGCGUAUCCUUACAACACAAUACUUUAUUUCCUCCUCUCAGUCAGAUAACAUUCACAAGACACUCUGAAUUGGCAAAGGAGAAAGUGAAAGUCGAGCCACCAGAUUCUCUACCAACAUGCCAGUUCAAGACAGAAUCCAGCGGGCAGGCAAUUGCAGAGCCGGCAGAUAAUUCUCAGGUCCAGCCCACGGUGAAUGUCCAUGAGAACGCUCACCCUCUGCCCCAGCCCUCCUCCCCAUCUAUCCAGUGUGCUAACAUGACGCCUGGUGCUACUGAGACGCAGUCUCGUCUAGGCACUCAAGAGAACCUGGUGCACCAGAUACCACCAACGUUGCCUGGUACCACUCCUCUGCUAAACCCGACAACCAGCUCCGCGGGAGGGACUUGGUUGAAUUUCAAUCACAUUUCAGAUGGGACCGUGAAGCGCGAAGCAGAGGCAUCAAGUGACGGACCACUGGGUGACUCCGCCACCCCCAGGGCACAGGAAGAAUUGAAUAAGAGAAUCAGGACCUUGCUUAGCGAGCCUCUCAAGGUGUUGCUAGCCGGAGUGAGUGACGCAGAAGAGCCAACCUGUUACUGUAAUGGUGAGUGUUCAUUUGUGGGGAUGCUUUCUUUCCAAGUCAUCUUUUUUUUGGGGGGGAGGGGCAGCUUUGGCUCUUUUUCGUCUAGCCAAGCUAGCCACACUGAGUCCUUCUGUUCCUGUUUCCCUAUUGAACUUUUAUUUAUCCUGUUUAAAAAAAAUGGGUCCUCUCAAGUAUCUCUCUCUCUCUCUCUCUCUCUCCCCCUCCUCCUCUCCCUCUCUCUCUUUAAUUUUUUACAAAGAGUCAAAGUCCUGGGCAAUAUGAGACUUUCCUCAAAAAGGACAAAUAUCAAUAAUAAGUCUGGCCUUCCAGUGCAUAAAGCUGGUAUAGAUGAAUCCAUUCUGCUUUUCCAGGUGCUUAGGAGAGGCGAUCCUCAAGAGAAGGUUCUCUGCUUGGUCCGGGUGCGCGUAGGCCACACCUGUCAGACCGCGGUGAUGGUCGUGGUGAUCAUGCUGUGGGAAAUCAUCCCUCGCUGGAUGGCUGACUAUCAGUACAAAGAGCUCACGGAGAACUUGAGGUCUUACAGCGGGCAUCCUACUGACCGAAGAUGUACCCUCAACGAGAAUCGCACCUGCACCUGCCAAGGCCUCAAUCCGAGGACAUGUGGAGCAUCUUUCUCCUUUGGCUGUUCGUGGAGCAUGUAUUUCAAUGGCUGUAAGUUUGGCAGAAGCCGGAACCCCAGAAAAUUCAGACUUGCUCCAAACCAUCCAUUAAACAGCUACUAUAAGAGAAUUACUGGAGUACGUUUUGUCAAAAGAAGACGCGUGAAGCCCGUGAGACCUAGACGGAUGGUUCCAGAACACAAGGCCCUGGAAAAAAGGCUUGAAGACAUGUUACAGGGCUUGGCGACCAAUUUAGCUCCAAUUUAUAAGCAGAUGGCUCCGGUUGCUUAUCAAAAUCAGGUGGAAUAUGAAGAUGUUGCUGGAGACUGUCGGCUGGGUUAUAAGAAAGGCCGUCCUUUCUCUGGUGUGACCUGUUGCAUGGACUUCUGUGCCCAUUCUCACAGGGACAUUCACAACAUGAAUAAUGGAAGCACUGUGGUUCUUACGUUGCUUCGAGAAGAUGCCCGAGACACGAAUAAUCCCAAGGAUGAGCAGCUCCACGUCCUUCCACUACACCGGCUGGCAGACACUGAUGAAUUUGGCUCCCGGGAGGGGAUGGAGGAGAAGAUCCGGUCUGGGGCCGUCGAAAUCAUUAAGCCAACCAGGAAGAGGCAACGACGUUUCAACGAGCCUAUUCCUCGGUGUGGGAAGAGGCGGACUACAGGGAAGGAGCCGGACAAGAAGCCAGCUGCUGCUGGAGUCAAAAGACAGAAGAACUCCUCCAGUUCAGACAACACUAAAAACUACUCAUCAGCCUCAACUACGCCUCACCCAGUGAAGGAAGAAUCUCCAGACCUCUGUCCCACCCAGGCUCCCUCCGUGAAAACAGCUACCUGUACGUACAAUAAACCAGCCUCAGGUGGGUCCUCUGAAGCAAGUAGCGUUCCCCAGUGCACAAUGCCUUCUGGAACACACAGUGGUGCUAAUGCAGCUGCUGGCGAAUGCCCUGGCAUUGUCCAGCCUGGGGACCCGUCUUUCCCCAGAGCAGAUGCCUCUGGUCUUGCUGAUCCGCUCACUAGUCCGUCGUCUGAGCAGCUAACUUCUAAUCAGUCCCUCAGCUGUCCUCAGGAACCGGCUUCCGGUCCGGUGGAAGACGCGCAGCGCUCUGGCGCCGAGGAGCCUGUCUCCGAUGACCUGUCCUCCGACGAGGAUAAUAACAGUGCUCAGAUUGAUGAGUUUUGGUCGGACAGUGAGGAGGUCUACUUUGAUCCUAGCUAUGGUGGAGUGGCCAUAGCCCCCAUUCACGGCUCGGUGCUGAUUGAAUGUGCCCGGAGAGAGCUUCACGCUACCACCUCUCUGAGUCAUCCCCAGCGAGAUUGUCCUUUACGUGUGGCCCUUGUAUUCUACCAGCACAAAAACCUGAAUAGGCCCAGGCAUGGUUUUGACCUCAACAGGAUUAAGUAUGAAUCCAGAGACUUAAAAAGAAAAAAGUCCUUCGACCGGGAGGGUCCUGAUUUAUUCCGCGAAGCCAGUUUACUGUGCAAAAUCCCUUCCCGUGUUGCGCCAACCUUAACCCGCGACAACAUUGUCACUGUGUCCUCUUACGCUCUCACUCACGUUGCAGGACCCUACAAGGACUGGGCCUGAAGGCUUUCCUCCCAUAAUGCCUUUGCUGGUGCCGUGUAGUCUCUACGGUGCUGUUUAAAAGAAAGUCUCAUUGUUGUUUACUGUAUAAUUUCACCCAUUUCAGCUCGGAGGUAAAAUUAAAAAAAGGGGGGGGGGAGUGCUUAACUGUGACUAUAUUUUGGGAAUCGGUGGAAGGUAUACAUUUUCAGCAAAAAUGCAAGUUUUAUAGUUUAAAGACGUAAGGAAAUAUCUUGGUUAGGGGUUGACCAUGAUAGAAUCGUAGUUCGGUGCUUCAAAUUAAGCUUGUUUACUAUGAAGAGGAUUUUAACAGGUUCCUGCAAUAAGAUGUAAAAACCAAGAUACACAGUGUUCACUCUAUUCAGUUCCUGGUGCUUUACCACAUCAAUACGUGUAGUAAUGAGCUGAAUGAUUCAUGGUGCCGUCCCUCCAGCAGCUUCCGGUCAUUGCUAUAUCAUGUCUGCACAUUUCUUUGAAAUAAACCAAUGAAAUGCUUUUUCUCUUAAAAUAUCUCUCCUGUAUAAAAUAAUUCUUUAUUCUAGUGAUGGUUGGAGGCUGUUCGUUAACUGUAAAUAUAUCUAUUUUGAAAAGCACUUUCUAUUUUUAAAAGUAACUUGAAAUAGUAUAGUAGCAGAAUCCUAUUGUCUAUUAUGUAUGCAUAUUUGCAUACCAGAGAAGUCAUUUAUUUGUGUAGAGUUCCAUACUGUUAAGUGCAGCCUAUAUUCAAAUAAUCUAUGACUUACAUUCUCUACUUAUGAAAUAGAGGAUCUCCAAAAAAUUAAAUACAAAGUGCCACCAAUGUCAAUUUCCCCUUUUUAACUAGAAGGAAAAAAAAAAGUGUUCUCAAGUGUCUUCAUGACAGAUGUUUUCAAAGGGAGUAGGGACAAAUUGGAAUCAAUAAAUGCUCCCAGUGUUUCAACAUGAGGAAUUAGAUAGUUAAGUUUUCCUUCCCAAAUGAGAAGAAAAUAUCCUGUAGAAAUAAUUGAGGGGAAAAAUCUAUUAUCUUUAUUGCUUCUAGGCCAGCGUCACAUGGAAAAAUUUGUACUGUAAGCCAAUUAAGAGCCUAACUAUUCAUUACACUUAACCUUUUGGGUGUAGGUUACUGAUAAUUUAUUUGGCAACUCCAACUUCUUUAGUAAUCCCCUAUUUUGAAGGUCGUUCUGAUUAGUGUUCCAAGGUUCUUCUCACUGUUUAAGAAAGACUCCCUAAACAAGAAACCUAGAACCAAGAGAACUUUCAGUGAAAUCCAAAUGCACAGGUGCUAUGACAUUCAAGGUAUUGGAUUCUUCGGAGGUACAGGAACCCUAAUGGUGCUUCUCAGUUUCCGUAGGAAGCCCCCAACUACUACCACAAUCUUGGUGCAAAUGCAACCAGUUCCAGCAAGCUCUCUAGAGAAUAACUUAUUAAAAUAAUAUAUGGUGCAAAAGUUCUGCCUAAGGAAGAAGAAGGGAAUGGGAAGUGUCCAUUGACAUUCCAUUAUUAACAAGUAGAUUUAUGCUCCUUGAAUAUAUACAGUAGGGUAAUCUGUUGACCUGAUUUAGUGUUUUGUGUGCCUUAGAUUUCUGUUUAAAAAUGUGUCUGUUUUAAGUCUAGGGUUUUAAGUAUAUAAAUGUGAUUGUUUAUUGCUUCGGCUGCUUCAGUUAAGGUAUUUGUUAGUGCAUACUAUCAGGAAUACUCCCUUGUGAAGUUACCUUUGAGGAUUUGGCCUUAGCUCCCACUAAAAACUGUUUCCUUGCCAUGCUCACUACUGGGUAAAAUCUCCUCCUGCCUUUAUUCAUCCAUUCAUCUAUCCAUUUCUCCAAUGCACACUUAAUUGAAUCUCUGGAAUCGAUUUGAUUUUGUUUUUCCUUGAAUCACUACCCAGGAUGCAAUCUUAUAAAGACUGCUUGGGAUUACUUUCUGAAGAAAUAGCAAAUUACCUUUUAAAAAGACAUAUACAUUCAAACUAAUUAAUUUUUAAUAUUAAGGGUUAUUCAAGAUAGGGCUUCUCUGUGUAGCCCUGGCUGUCCUGGAUCUUGGUCUGUAA